UGGAAACCAUAAUGCCAAACUAAAAGAGGAACAUCACGAUUCCAAACAUCAUUUUUGGUUUCGGCUCAUGUGUGCAGUAACUCUUAAAGAAAUUCCUAUAUGAGGACAUUUUACUGGGGAUCUGCUGUGACUGAUAGUAACCUUGCAAAUUAUAUUUCCCUGCAAAACAAAUAUAAGCAAGCCUGAUUGGAGUUAAAUAAGUUCCCAUCUGUCUGGUGAAGUCAGCAGCGUUGCAUGUUUCAGUGAAGCAACAAGAAAAACUUAACAUCCAUCACGAGCUUCAAGAUUCUCAUGCUGUCUUGUUUACAUGAUGGAAGGAUAUGUCAUAUCAUCUGGAUCAGAGGAAAUCCUUCCAAAUGAACCAGAGAAUUAUCGACCACCUGCAGAGCUGUACCCCUAUCUCACUAAUGUAGGGGAGAUUUAUGAAGACCACAGAUGGGCCUUCCACUCAGAGCGCGUCCAGCCGACGGACUUUGAGAAUUCUUCAGUGAAUCACCUCAUUGAGCUUCAGUCGGUGUCUCCUCAGCAGCUGGUACAACCAUACCGCUUCAGCACCGAGUCUCUGCCCCUUCACCUGGACCCACCGCUCGGACCGCUCUCUGUGUCACCACAAAUCCCAUAUUACACCCAAACCCUGUGCUAUCAGUACCAACCCUCUGCCUCACCUGGACAUUAUUACUCAGAAGAAGAGCAAAGAGGGAUCAGUCCCCCACUCGAGGUAUCAGAAGGAGAGGAUGAACUUGAAGACCACAACCGAUUGUCCUUCAGGAGAGACACUAGCAACAAGAAGAAAAUACGCUUGUACCAGUACCUCCUGGACUUGCUUCGAAACGGUGACAUGAGUGAAAGUAUCUGGUGGGUGGACCAGGACAAGGGCAUCUUUCAGUUCUCCACAAAACACAAAGAAGUCCUGGCUGGUCACUGGGGUGCUCAGAAGGGCAACCGCAAAAAAAUGACCUACCAAAAAAUGGCCCGAGCUCUGAGGAACUAUGGGAAAUCUGGAGAGAUUAAAAAAGUAAAGAAGAAGCUAACCUACCAGUUCAGUGAGGAGGUGCUGGGGAACCGCUUUUCACGUCAGUAUCCUCAUUGAUAACAACAGAGGCUGCCUGUCAUUACGCUGAAAUCUCUAAAUAAUCAUGAUUUGCCUGUUUGCAAUUUCACUUAUAUUUUCUACCAAGUUCUCUUACCUAUUUAUUUGUGAUACCAGUGUAUAUCCUCUAUGGCAUUUGCUUUUAUAUAAACUUCUUCUUUUCAGACUCAA